AUUAAAACUACCAGGAAAGAAUGGAGCCUCUGCCUGAAAUCAUGAUUUAUGUGAUCGGAACAUAUCUAAAAUUCAAAGAAUUCUCACGUCUCUCCUUAACAUCCAAGAAAAUGAUGAAGAAGACCUUUAACCCAAGAAUAAUGAUAUCUAAAAGAGAGGUGAUGAGAAUUUUCUCCUCUGACCUGGAUGGCUUCCGAAUGAUUAUUCAUUCCAUAUCGUACGAGCUUGGACCAAAAAGUCACUCGACACCAACUCUAAAUGACGGACAUGAUUGGCUUGGGAUCCUCAAGGAAGGCCUCUCUCUUAAAUCUGGUUGGGCUCAAAACAACAAGGGCGUUUUGGAUAAAAUAUCAAAAAUACUCAGAAACCCAGAGAACAACCUGCCUUCUUUCCACAAGAACAGUUUUUCCCAGCUCGAAACGACAAUGCAGGAGCAACUUUUUGAAGAAUCGACACAGGGUGGGUCUUCAUUUGGAGAAUUUUCACCAUCUAAUUCUCUGAUAGAAUUUGAUUACUUUACCAGCACUGAAAAUAUAUAUCUCCUCUACGCUUAUUAUUACAAGCACGAGUUUGAGAUCACCAAAAGUUGCUCAAAGACUACACAGAUUUGUCAAUUUCAUGAAUCACUAGUGGAGUAUAUAAAAUUUUGUUGUAAAAUUCACAAAAUGUCUAUACUUAGUUGCUAUGACGAAGAGAGACCUCUCCUGUUUCUUUAUGAAUACGCUGUGAGGUGGAGCGCUUACUGUAAUUCCUUAUGGAAACUUUCGUGCCUCCUCUCCAACUUUGAGAAUAAUCUCAACCAAUGAUAUAAUGAUAUUUGGGGUGAAGGACGCCAUCGGUUUAGAAUAUAUAAAAUGAUGACAAGAAUUUGGAGUUGAGUUAUUAAUACACCCGAAAUAAUUCCCCAGCUGAAGAAGUGCCUUAGACUUGUCUUAGAGAGUUAUCAUAAGGAUAUUAUUAGCCAUAUUGAGAACAACAGCCAGAGGAAAGAAACCAUCGGGAUAGAAUCUGUUCUCCAAAAGUUUUUUCACUCCUUAGUAGAUUGCUCGAUUAAUGAGACGUCUGUUCAUUUCCUUGGAAGUACUGAGAUUCAAUUUGAUGGAUUAUACCUAAACUUUGAAACAGUGAUCUUAGAGGACUCUAAAGUGUUCAUCAAAUAAACUGCUUGAAUCUGGGUACAAAAUCAAAAACCUGAAAGGAGUCUUAGGGCCACUGGAGGAAUACUCAAAUAUAAUCCAAAGUAUACUUCCCAUUAGGUCCCAAAAGCAGUUUGAGAAGUCAAAGACGAAUGUGUUAAUCACUUUUGUAAGGUUCAUCCUCCUCAAAAGAGUGAAGCAGUUCUCAACAUUUGAUUUCUCAAAGAUUAAGAAGAAGUGGAACCCUAGUUAUGAGUCAGCCCUGAACAACUUAUUCAGAGAUACAGAGUCUGUGUUCUCUAAGCAUCUUGAGAAGGUAAUAAAAGAAAAGAAAUACGAUUUAUCCAAAUUCCACAAAUAUUGGCUGAUCAUGACUGGAAAAGAUGCUAGGCUGAUGAAGAAGUUGUAUGAUAAUACCAUGAAGAUGUACGAUUGUUAUUCUAAGAGUCUUUCCUCCCAAGAUGCCAAGAUAAGGGCGAUAAAAGCUCAAAUUGGAAUAAAGUGCAAAUAAAAAUCAAAAUGAAGCCUUAGAUUCUCUGACAUCUGAGGUACCUGUCAAGAUUAUUGAGCAGAAAUUAGCAGAAUAUGUAGCUAAGGAUGGACAGAGGCCUACAGAGAGUAUGUAUAGCACGGAAUACACUUCCUCAGGAAAAUCCUCCCUAGCCACGAGGUUUUCUACAAUGGAAGAAUCUAAGUUUCUAGGACCAUCCGAGUCAGAAGAGGAAAGGGAUACUUUUGACUCAUCAACAGUUAGUCUAGUAAAUGAAUUUUCUUCCAUUUUUAAAGAGAAAAACUCAUCUAAAGAAUGAAAAUCAAUGAAGAAGAGAGGUGAAAUGUUAUUUCAGAGAGUCAAGAAGGAUCGGAGCUCAUCUUUUUAGUGAAAUUUUCACCUAUUUAAUUAAAUUAUCUUCCCAAUUA